GUCCGAGCGGCUGUGGGUCGCCGUUGCCCCCGGCCCGGGGUCUGGAGAGCGGAGGUCCCCUCAGUGAGGGGAAGGAGGGGAGACCGGGCGCACCUGGUGACCCUGAGGUUCCGGCUCCUCCGCCCGGCGGCUGCGAACCCACUGCGGAGGAAGUUGGUUGAAAUUGCUUUCCGCUGCCGGUGCUGGUACGAGGGUAUUGUCACAGUAGCAGCAACAUGUCGACAGGGGAGAGUUUUGAGACUCGGUUUGAAAAAAUCGACAACCUGCUGCGGGAUCCCAAAUCGGAAGUGAAUUCGGAUUGUUUGCUGGAUGGAUUGGAUGCUUUGGUAUAUGAUUUGGAUUUUCCUGCCUUAAGAAAAAACAAAAAUAUUGACAACUUUUUAAGCAGAUAUAAAGACACAAUAAAUAAAAUUAGAGACUUACGUAUGAAAGCUGAAGAUUAUGAAGUAGUGAAGGUGAUUGGCAGAGGUGCAUUUGGAGAAGUUCAGUUGGUUAGGCAUAAAUCUACCAGGAAAGUAUAUGCUAUGAAGCUUCUCAGCAAAUUUGAAAUGAUUAAGAGAUCUGAUUCUGCUUUUUUCUGGGAAGAAAGGGACAUUAUGGCUUUUGCUAACAGUCCUUGGGUUGUUCAGCUUUUUUAUGCAUUCCAAGAUGAUCGUUAUCUCUACAUGGUGAUGGAAUACAUGCCUGGUGGAGAUCUUGUAAACUUAAUGAGCAACUAUGAUGUGCCUGAAAAAUGGGCACGAUUUUAUACUGCAGAAGUAGUUCUUGCAUUGGAUGCAAUCCAUUCCAUGGGUUUUAUUCAUAGAGAUGUGAAGCCUGAUAAUAUGCUGCUGGAUAAAUCUGGACAUUUGAAGUUAGCAGAUUUUGGUACUUGUAUGAAGAUGAAUAAGGAAGGCAUGGUACGAUGUGAUACAGCAGUUGGAACACCUGAUUAUAUUUCUCCUGAAGUAUUAAAAUCCCAAGGUGGUGAUGGUUAUUAUGGACGAGAAUGUGACUGGUGGUCAGUUGGGGUAUUUUUAUAUGAAAUGCUUGUAGGUGACACACCUUUUUAUGCAGAUUCUCUGGUUGGGACUUACAGUAAGAUUAUGAACCAUAAAAAUUCACUUACCUUCCCUGAUGAUAAUGACAUAUCAAAAGAAGCAAAAAAUCUCAUUUGUGCCUUCCUUACUGACAGAGAAGUGAGAUUAGGGCGAAAUGGUGUAGAAGAAAUCAAACGACAUCUCUUCUUCAAAAAUGACCAAUGGGCUUGGGAAACACUCCGAGACACUGUAGCACCAGUUGUACCUGAUCUAAGUAGUGACAUUGAUACUAGUAAUUUUGAUGACUUAGAAGAAGAUAAAGGAGAUGAAGAAACAUUCCCUAUUCCUAAAGCUUUUGUUGGGAAUCAACUACCUUUUGUAGGAUUCACUUAUUAUAGCAAUCGGAGAUAUUUACCUUCAGCAAAUCCUAAUGAUAACAGAACUAGCUCCAAUGUGGAUAAAAGCUUGCAGGAAAGUUUGCAAAAAACAAUAUAUAAGUUGGAAGAACAGCUGCAUAAUGAAAUGCAGUUAAAAGAUGAAAUGGAGCAGAAGUGCAGAACUUCAAACAUAAAACUAGACAAGAUAAUGAAAGAAUUGGAUGAAGAGGGAAAUCAGAGAAGAAAUCUAGAAUCUGCAGUGUCUCAAAUUGAGAAGGAGAAAAUGUUGCUACAGCAUAGAAUUAAUGAGUACCAAAGAAAGGCUGAACAGGAAAAUGAGAAGAGGAGAAAUGUAGAAAACGAAGUUUCUACAUUAAAAGAUCAGUUGGAAGACUUAAAGAAAGUAAGUCAAAAUUCACAACUUGCCAAUGAGAAGCUGGCCCAAUUACAAAAGCAGCUAGAAGAAGCCAAUGACUUACUUAGGACAGAAUCAGACACAGCUGUAAGACUAAGGAAAAGUCACACAGAGAUGAGUAAGUCAAUUAGUCAGCUUGAGUCCCUGAACAGGGAAUUACAGGAGAGAAAUAGAAUUUUGGAAAAUUCUAAGUCACAAACGGACAAGGAGUAUUACCAGCUGCAAACUGCAUUAGAAGCUGAACGAAGAGACAGAGGCCACGAUUCUGAGAUGAUUGGAGACCUUCAAGCUCUGAUUACAUCUUUACAAGAGGAGGUAAAGCAUCUCAAACAUAAUCUGGAAAGAGAAAAAAAAAGAGUGGAAGGAGAAAGAAAAGAGGCUCAAGACAUGCUUAAUCACUCAGAGAAGGAAAAGAAUAAUUUAGAGAUAGAUUUAAACUACAAGCUUAAGUCAUUACAGCAGCGGUUAGAACAGGAGAUGAAUGAACACAAAGUAACCAAAGCACGUUUAACUGACAAGCAUCAAUCUAUUGAAGAGGCAAAGUCUGUUGCAAUGUGUGAGAUGGAAAAAAAACUGAAGGAAGAGAGAGAAGCUCGAGAAAAGGCUGAAAACAGGGUUGUUCAGAUUGAGAAACAGUGUUCCAUGCUAGAUGUUGAUCUGAAACAGUCUCAGCAGAAGCUGGAGCAUUUAACAGAAAAUAAAGAAAGGAUGGAGGAUGAAGUUAAGAAUCUAACCCUACAACUAGAGCAAGAAUCAAAUAAGCGACUAUUGUUUCAGAAUGAAUUGAAGACUCAAGCAUCUGAGACAGACAGUUUAAAAGGUUUAGAAAAGCAAAUGAAGCAGGAAAUAAAUACUUUACUGGAAGCAAAAAGAUUAUUAGAAUUUGAGUUAGCUCAGCUUACAAAACAAUAUAGAGGAAACGAAGGGCAGAUGCGGGAGCUACAAGACCAGCUUGAAGCUGAGCAGUAUUUCUCGACACUUUAUAAAACCCAAGUAAAGGAACUUAAAGAAGAAAUUGAAGAAAAAAACAGAGAAAAUUUAAAGAAGAUACAGGAACUACAAAAUGAAAAAGAAACUCUUGCUACUCAGUUGGAUCUAGCAGAAACAAAAGCUGAGUCUGAACAGUUGGCUCGAGGGCUUUUGGAAGAGCAGUAUUUUGAGUUGACUCAAGAAAGCAAGAAAGCUGCUUCAAGAAAUAGACAAGAGAUUACAGAUAAAGACCAUGCUGUUAGUCGGCUUGAAGAAACGAAUAGCAUGCUAACCAAAGAUAUUGCAUUGUUGAGAAAAGAAAAUGAAGAGCUAACUGAUAGAAUGAAGAAGGCAGAGGAAGAAUUUAAAUUGCAGAAGGAAGAAGAGAUCAGUAAUCUUAAGGCUACCUUUGAAAAGAACAUCAGUACAGAACGUACCCUGAAAACACAGGCUGUUAACAAGUUGGCAGAAAUAAUGAAUCGAAAAGAUUUUAAAAUUGAUAGAAAGAAAGCUAACACACAAGAUUUGAGAAAGAAAGAAAAAGAAAAUCGAAAGCUGCAACUUGAACUCAACCAAGAAAGAGAGAAAUUCAACCAAAUGGUAGUGAAACAUCAAAAGGAACUGAAUGACAUGCAAGCGCAAUUGGUGGAAGAAUGUACACAUAGGAAUGAACUUCAGAUGCAGUUGGCUAGCAAAGAGAGCGAUAUUGAACAAUUGCGUGCUAAACUUUUGGACCUUUCGGAUUCUACAAGUGUUGCUAGCUUUCCUAGUGCUGAUGAAACUGAUGGGAACCUUCCAGAGUCAAGAAUUGAAGGUUGGCUUUCUGUACCAAAUAGAGGAAAUAUUAAACGAUAUGGCUGGAAGAAACAGUAUGUUGUCGUAAGCAGCAAAAAAAUUUUGUUCUAUAACGAUGAGCAAGAUAAGGAGCAAUCCAAUCCAUCUAUGGUCUUGGACAUAGAUAAAUUGUUUCAUGUUCGACCUGUAACCCAAGGAGAUGUGUAUAGAGCUGAAACUGAAGAAAUUCCUAAAAUAUUCCAGAUAUUAUAUGCGAAUGAAGGUGAAUGUAGAAAAGAUGUAGAAAUGGAACCAGUACAGCAAGCUGAAAAAACUAAUUUCCAGAAUCACAAAGGCCAUGAGUUCAUACCUACACUCUACCACUUUCCUGCCAACUGUGAGGCCUGUGCCAAACCUCUCUGGCAUGUAUUUAAGCCACCUCCUGCUCUAGAGUGUCGGAGAUGCCAUGUAAAGUGCCAUAGAGAUCACUUAGAUAAGAAAGAGGACUUAAUUUCUCCGUGUAAAGUAAGUUAUGAUGUAACAUCAGCGAGAGAUAUGCUGUUGUUAGCAUGUUCUCAGGAUGAACAAAAGAAAUGGGUCACUCAUUUAGUAAAGAAGAUUCCUAAGAAUCCACCAUCUGGUUUUGUUCGUGCCUCCCCUCGAACGCUUUCUACAAGAUCCACUGCAAAUCAGUCUUUCCGGAAAGUGGUCAAAAAUACAUCUGGAAAAACUAGGUGA